UUAUCCAUCUAACGACUGGUCAAUAAAAAAAGAUCGAAACCAGCAAAAGAAAAUGGCGGGUACUCUGUCUUCUUCGACUCUCCACUGCAAAACUUAUCUAGUUUUCGGUUCCCAGAAUCCAUGGAGAGCCCUGAAUUCUUCUUUCCUCAUAAACAUCGGGAAGCGAUCUCUUAUUCGUUGCUCGGCCAAGAAGAAAAUCGGAUUCACGGAUCAAAUUCUCGAUUAUAUUGAAGGGGGUCCUAAGUUAAGAAGAUGGUAUGGAGCACCUGAACUGCUGCCAAAAGAUGGAUCAGUCGUGGAAGAUCAGGAGGGGGCGGAUUAUCCAGAGGAUGAAGUCAGGGAUGCAGUUUUAGUAACAGACGGGGAUAGUGAAAUUGGCCAGAUGGUGAUAUUGUCAUUGAUUGUCAAACGAAUUAAAGUGAAAGCAUUAGUGAAGGAUAAGCGUUCAGCUAACGAAGCCUUUGGAACGUAUGUUGAGUCAAUAUCCGGAGAUACAAGUGACCAGAUACUCAUAAAGAAAGCUCUUCGAGGAGUUCGUGCAAUCAUAUGCCCAAAUGAAGGUUUCUUAUCAAGUGUGGAGAGCUUUAAAGGUGUUGAACAUAUAGUUCUCUUGUCUCAGUUGUCUGCUUAUAGAGCUAGCAGUGGCAUUCAAGCUAUCAUGACAAGCAAUCAAAGGAAGUUAGCUGAGGAAGAUGAAUCAGCACUGAUAGAUUCACGAAUUCCAUAUUCCAUAAUUAGAGCAGGAAAGUUGCAAAGCACUCCUGGUGGAACACAAGGUUUCAACUUUGAAGAGGGUUGUGCAGCAAGUGGAAGCCUCAGCAUGGAGGAUGCUGCAUCGGUAUGUGUGGAAGCGCUUGAAGUAGUUCCAGAAGCAAGAUUCACAUUUGAGGUUGUCAAUGGAGGAGAGACGGUUUCAGAUUGGAAAGAGUGUUUGACCAGAUUGAUUGAAAAAACAGAGCGUUAGCUGCUUUGAUCCACUUGUUUGUUCAUGUCUUCAGUUAGCUGGUCAUUAUUAAAAUCCACUUGCCUGCAAUUGAACUGCAAAAGUUUCUAU